AUUCACCAUCCCACUAGAAAUCACAAUACCUGACACCCAAAAUGGCCCCCGACCCCGAACUCAACCCGGGGGUAUCCGAACUCGCCUUCGAUGAAGACCAAUACAACUCCGACUCCGACUCAGACUUCCAACUCGACGACAACGACGCCGCCCAGAACGAAGAUGACGCCGGCUUAUCCUCUUCAGACGAGGACGAGGAAACCCACGAGACAGCAGCAGGGCAACCGAAAGUCAAACGCCGGAAGACUACCACAACAGCAGGUACACAGGACGACGAGCUGGACUCCGGCGACGAGGCGACGAUCCGGAAAGAGAAGGCCAAGCGGAAGAAUGCUGCUGCUGAUGAGGAUGACGAAGAAGAAGGAGGAACGGGGGGAUUCGUGCGGACGCGGGCGAUGAAGAUGCGCGCGCAAGACGAGCGGAAACCCCUUGCGAAGAUUGACGGCGCGACUGUCGAUGUGGAUGCGUUGUGGGCGCUGAUGAAUGCUCCGGAGAAUCAUAAUGGGUUACAUACGGCGCAGAUGGCGGUGGUGGCGGCGGAUGCAAACGAAGCGACGACGACGACGAAGGAUGACGAGCAGGCAGAGAAGCACCCACAGCCCUCAAGCUCGGGCCAGGAAACGCCGUCGAAGUACACGGAGGAGAUGGUGCGGAUCAAGCGCACGUACAAGUUCGCGGGCGAGAUGAUCACGGAGGAGAAGCUGGUGCCCCGGGACUCGGCCGAAGCGAAGCUGUACCUGGCCAACAAAGGCGAGGAAACCGACACGACAGUGGCCGAGGAUUCCUCCAACAAGGACCUGAUGGUCAAGUUACGGCGUCCGCUGCGCAAGGUCUCGCGCUUCGAUCCCAACCCGACCGGCGCGAUCAAGAAGAGCUGGGAGAAGCAGCCCGCCGCCGAGAUCACGGGCCAGGAUGAGAACGCCCGCGGGCCCAAGAUCAAUACUGUCGAGAAGUCGCGACUUGACUGGGCUGCGUAUGUCGAUCAGGCGGGGCUCAAAGAUGAGCUUAAGGUCCAUAGCAAGGCGAAGGAGGGCUUCCAUGGCCGCAUGGAGUUCUUGGAUCGUGUGGGUGCCAAUAUCGAGGAGGAGAGGCGGAAUGCGCGUUUGAAGGGGCUGUGAUUGGGGCUUGUGGAUCGUUUAUCCCACUGUGUAUACGGUGCAUAUGCAUAUCGUGUGCUGGGCGUAUGGAUGACUCCUCAAGAUGAGGUGGCACUUGCCAAUGGGACUGGGCAUACCCGACACGCGCACUCGAAGAGCCUUGUUGGGGUCCCUGGCACGCCCGUCCAUGGCCAUGGGCUGACUGGCCGUCUUCCCAUGAGGCAUCGCUUACACCUGCAAGCAAGUGAGUGAGCACACUUGUGCUCAUGUGACACAAAAGUACAAGUCUACACCCGCGGUGAACAGUGAAGACCCACCAAGCCGUGUCAACCAAAUUGAC